AUGCUGUCUAUGGCCACCCCGUUCACCGGCAUGCGCACCCUGGCGUGCCUGUUCCUCCUCGGGUUCUUGACGCGUGUGAUGACCUUCGACAUCACGAGGAAGGAUAACUUGGCUGUGUACUGGGGACAAGACGGUGCUGGGUCUCAGCAACGGCUCUCCUUCUACUGCCAGGACGACACUAUCGACACCAUCCCAUUGGCGUUCCUGUACAUUUUUCAGGGUACAGGUGGCGACCCUGUCAUCGAUUUUUCCAAUAUUUGUAGCCAAUGGGAUGAUCCUGUCUUCUCCGGCACCGCACUGGCCAACUGCCAGUCUGCCAUGGAGGCAGAUAUCAAACUGUGUCAGUCCAAGGGCAAGGCAAUUACGCUUAGCUUGGGCGGCGCGACUGGGCAAGUCGGUUUUUCGUCAGACUUGCAGGCGCAGAGCUUCGCGACCCAAGUGUGGAACCUGUUCCUCGGCGGCUCAAGCUCGACACGUCCCUUCGGCACCGCGAUUCUCGACGGACUUGACUUGGACAUCGAGAGCGGAACCCCCGCGCACUACGCUGCGUUCGUGAGCCAGAUUCGUUCGCUUGCUGCGCCGACGGGCAAGCAGUACCUCAUCACGGCGGCACCUCAGUGCCCGUACCCUGAUGCAUACAUCGGUGCUGCUCUCAACGAAGCCGACUUUGAUGCGGUUUACGUGCAGUUCUACAAUAAUUACUGCGGCCUGGACCAGCCUUCUGUACGUACCUGUCUUCGAAACCUGACGCCAACUUUUUGA